AUGGAUCUCGUCGUCGUUUCGAAUGCCCAAUACGAUGUCCAAGAUUGCACCUUCGUCGACUCACGAAGCCAACAAGCGAUCUACAGGGUCCACGCGAAGAGGUCUUCCAUCUUCACCCCACCCACGACUUACAUUACUCGAUCUAUGAUGGCUUCUAGUGAAGUGGACGUCGCUAUCAUUGAGUGGGGGACGUUCGGGAAGGCAAAGGUGCGGUGGCCAGAUGGAAGAUUGGUGGACAGCAAGGAAUUGCUUGAGAGACAUGGUUUAGGAAGGAGCUUCGCGAUGGACUUUGACCACAAUCAUCCUUUGUUGCACUCACAGCUGGAAGCAGAUGGGCACGUUAUCGCGCAAUAUCACGAGAAACGCAGAGGUCUUGGCGGACUAUUUUCGAGCGGACCUAAUGACUCGAAGUUCACCGUGGCAACACCAGCUUUGGGCAUGCUUGACUUGAUUGUGUUGACAUGGGCUAUUGUUGAGAGAAGGAGACAGAUCAGAAAGGAGAUGUCUAAGAGUGCUGCUGGUGGGUAG